ACAAAUCGUAAAGGAUAACAUACAUCAUUCAUAUUCAGAGAAUCAUAAGAGGGUCGAGUAGAGUAUUUCUAAACGAAAGGAUGUUGCACAUCCACGAUCUGCGAAAUAUGAUGGAUGUUCUUGCGUCCUUGUGAGACUCUCCGGAGCUGCUUGCUCGGUGACCGGAGCUCAUCCCCUAUCAAAGCUCGCUUGGCUAAUCGCGCCCGCGCUGAAGCCUAAGCCUAAGUCAAGCCUGAGCUGUGAGGCCACUAAUAAUAUUUCUAGGAUAAACAUCAAUAUUGACUGACCUUGGACUCGACCAUUCAACUUCCUCUCCCAAACCAUCUUGUAAAGUUAUCGCUCUACUUGAUACCACAGCCGACGCUCUUUCAACAUGCUCCUCUGACAACGACCACACUCUUUCCAAUAACCCUCCAUCAACCCACCAUGUCUCUGCCUCCCGUCAUCGUACAGAUCAAGCGCAAGGCUACCGAUGAACCUGUUGAUCUUCUUCGUGUUCACGAGCUCGACAAUCCAAGAAAGAAAAGAGCAACGGAAUAUGUAUUCUCUCUGCAAUCCAUUCCCGAUAUCCAGCCUACCCCUCCAGCUGUUCGCAAGAUCAAGGAGUUGCAUCGCUCUGCUAGUUCUCAAGCUCUAGGCACAUCUUCACCAAUAUCGAGGCCAGAUAUUCCAGCGUCCCAGAAUCUGCCGCAGUCGAAUGCACAAGUCGGUGACCCAGCAAUUCAAUCUACCCCUCCCACGACUCCUGGUACUCCGAACAGCUCUGCAAAUGCAUUACAGCAAUUCAAAUCUACACAACCACGACAUUUCCACAUUUCACGAAGUUCUACACCGUCCCUGGCUGAUUCAGUUGGUGGUCCUAGUCGUAAGCGUAAAGCAGAGCCCACGAUCUUCAUCGAGCGCAGAUCACGACCCAAGAGUCGGGAUGGACAAUCUCCUAAUAAUAAUGGCACGCCCAUUCAGUCAACCCCAGCCGAAACUCCAAGGCCACAGAAGAAGCCCGGGCUAGCUGCAAGAAGCUCGACUCCACCUGUCAGAGCUCCCGUCCCAAAGCCUGCAGUAGCUCCUCUGCGAAAUGUUCGACUACCAUCUGGGGAGGUCAUACCAUGGGAUGUUAGCUCUGAACGCUUGGCGGCUGAGAUGCAGGCAUAUACCUUAGCAGAGAUUGGCAGGAAUAUAGCAGCUUCUCAAGCCCCGACACAAGAGCCAACUUACACUUCAUCCCACAUCCACAAGUCCGCUCCUUCCAAAUUCAAGCCAAAAGCCCCAGCUCUACGUUACGCACAGCGACAUCCAGAGGAGAAGUCUCAGGCAGAUCAAAACAUGAUGAUGAAUCUAGAUGGACCAUACAUCGAGGAUGAGGCGGAUGAUGACGCUGAAUAUAUCAUCGACACCUAUAUCCGUAUGUCAGCAGAUGCUCUAGAGACAGAAGCCAUGCCGAAGAACAUUGGAUUCCUGAUUCUUGGCUCUCAACCUGACAUUGACGAAUUCUACCGCGAAGAAGAAGACAGUGAUGAGGAAGAGGACGAUCUUGACGAGGACGAGAAUGCGGAAAAUCACUAUACAGCUGACUAUCCAGACGAAGAAGUUGAUUCGGACGACGAGUUUGACCGCAAUGCAUACCACUACCGAACACAUAAUGCUUCAGACUUGGAGGAAUUCGAUGGCGCAGAUGACGAAGAUAUGACAUUCAGCGACGACGAGAACGAGAGCACGAAAUACCCUUGGAUGAAAAAGAAGCCGUGGCUCACAAAUCCAAAGACUGAGAUGGCUGGAGAUGAGGAUGAGGAUGAGUAAUUAGAUGUCUUGUCGAAGUUGGUGUACAGAAUAGCGUAUUUUCAGCGAGCAUGAACCCCAGCCUCUUGUUGGAGUAAUUAUGCAUGGACCUUUUCAAGCAAUGCUUUGCACAAGUGCUGACCGAUUUAAUGCUUUUCUGGUUCCACU